AUGGAACAAAAAAUUAAGCUAGUACUAUAUAUUAAAAUCAGUGCGUUUAUCAUUUUAUAUUGGAUAUGCCAUUUUAGCGAAGUUAUUAAUUUUAACAAAUCUUUUGAUGUGAAGUACAAUUUGAAUAUAAAAUUAAAUAGAAGAAUUUAUAGACUACUAGCAAAAUAUAAACAAAAUAGGGAUACAAAUAUAAUAGGGGUAAAAGACAAUAUCCCAUAUUAUAGCCUGAAUGAAAAAGAACAUAAAUCUUAUAAAGAAAAGGAAACAAAAAGAAAAAAAAAACAUUCCGGUAAAAAUCUAUUAAAUAACAAUCAAUAUUAUACAGAAGUCGUAGACUAUAAUAAUGGUAUGUUUGAUGGGAAACAUUUCCAUUUAAAAAAAAAAUGGAUUAAAAAAAGAGAUUAUGAUGAUUUUAUCGAAAAACAGAGAAUAACUGGAAAUAUAGAUUUAAAAAAAAUAAAAUUUAGAAGUUAUGGAUUUGGAGUUUUUAUAUUUUUCCUUUUUUUUUUGUUCGGAAUAGGUCUACCCAUACUAGAAGGAUUGGGGAUAUUGGAAACUGCAGGUAAGAUGCUUGUAGGUAGUUCAGAUAAUUUAACAUGGUUUGGGAAAAUUUUAAACAAUAUAGUAAAUUAUUUAAAAUUAUCAGAAGCAGCUUAUAAGAUAUUACCGAAUGUACUACUUUUCGUUUUUUUAGGUGUUAUUAUUGUAAUAGCAAUUCCUAUAAUCUUAAGAAAUAAUGAAAAAUAUAAGAAAAUUAAAUUGAUGAUGGAGCAAAAUGCAUAA